UUGUCGAAAACCAUUAAUAUCCGGCCGAUUACCAAUUUACCAAGAGAUGGUCGAGGAUUAUGUCAUGAAAAGACUUGCUUUGGAACCAUGCUGCCCUGUUGGAAGACACGGCACUCAUAGGCACUUCUCUGCAAUUCAAGAUUCUCAAAUUGUCCCCAACGACCAAAUUUCCUCCUAUCAGAUUCCUUUGGAUAGACACGUAGAAAAAGUUAUCGAAGUGUUGGAUACACAAGGAAGAAAACUGGAUCAAAUAAAUGGUGGAAAAGGUUCCGUAGAACAAUGCCUUAGCAAAGAAAUUUUUGGAGAUGAGAAUAAAGUUUCAUUAUUUGAGUCAAGGUUUUGUUUGAAAAAAAACAAUGAAACCAGAAGAAAUAUUGGCAGUCGUUGCAAAUUCAACAGAAAAGCCGGUGUUUGUUUUUAAGUAUUUUC